AUGGACGACGCCGCCAGAAGAAAGGUGUUUACGUCGGGAGCGGACCAGUUGGUCCGCGUGGGCCCUGCGCCCAGGCUUUUUGUUUCGGUGUGUGUGUCGUGGCCCGCUGCCAAGCGCGGCUUCAAGGACGUCGACCCCGCGGACGGGGACAUCAAGAGACUCCUCUCGCACCUGGCGGGGGAGCACAAGGCCGUCAUCCGGGCGGAGGAGACCGACUCGUCGGUCAUGAUCACCGUCAAGACGACCAACCGGCCAACGGCCCAAAAGAUCAUCAAGACCCUGCGGGGCACGCUCCUCUACCAGGCCGGCGAGGGUGAUAUGUGGCGCACCAAGCUGCUAUUCAAUCCUCCCGCCGAUGGUGGUCGCCCUCUCGUCGCCGUCCUCGAGCCUGUCGACGGCACCACGGGCCGCAAGAUCUUGACCGCCGCGCCCAAGCAGCUCGCCGAGUCGGUCGGUACUACUUCGCCCUCGGGCGAGUACAAGGAGGAGCUCGUCAAAGUCCUCGACGGCAAGGCCAACGUCAUGCGACACACCACGGCUGGCAUGAGAAUGAAGGUCCAAUUCGGGACCGUCAUUCUGAACCAGUGGAGGAAGGACAAGACUGAGUACACCUUUGCCGAGUUGGAGACGCUCUUGCAGCGUGCCGGCCCCCGUGGCACCGCCCAGAUGCAGAAUCUGGUGAGCGAGUCCUCCGCUCGGGCUCUCAUCAAGUGGCUCACGCCCUCCAACCCCGAGCUGCCUGAGCUUUUGACCGGUUUCCUCAAGGACGGCGACCCGCAGCGUUCUUAUUCCAUCAUGAUGGACACCAAGAACUUGCACAUUGAGGCCACGUUUGAGCCCGUCUAUGGCCAAAAGAGUCUAGAUAGAAACGGCAACAAAGGCUCAAAAUAUGCCCUCGGUCCGCUCAGCACGUACCCUUUGGAGAAGCAACUGGAGGCCGCUGAGAUCAUCACCGUGUGCCCAGACAGCACUUACGACUGGACUCUGGAGAUUCGCAAGACGGCGGUCGCUGAGAAAGACAACAAGACUUUGCCGCCUUUUACCGUGGGCGAGCUCCAGCGGCACAUCAAGUUUACCGGCGAGUUCUUGGAUCAAGGGUUUCCCAAUUUCGGCAUGGCUGAUCACUUCCUCCGCCAACACGACGUCAAGAACAUUCACGGAAAAACGUCUCUGAAGUACACGCUCGGUUUCAAGUACAUCCUGGAAGUCAAUCUGUUCCACCGCUGGGUGGCCAAGCAGCCGGGUCAAGGUGCCGGCGCCACCGCCACCACCACGACCGCUGCCGUUCUUCUGUACAGCGAUGAUUGGGAGUACCAGAUGCGCGCUGAACCGUCCGGUAAUCGUGACUGGAAGGAUACCUUUGCCGAGCAGUUUCUGGAGUACUUCCCUGAUGAUCCGGCUCCUGGUGGCGAUGCGGUCGAUUCAAGAGGUCAUUUCCUGCAGUGGGUCGACUUCAUUCGCAAGGCCUUGGGCAGCGACGACAGCAAGAAAGAUUAA